GGAAAGCUGUUGCAUUUUAUAACCCAAGGGAUGCUCAUUGGAAAAUGGACCGAAAGGCAAUAAGAAGCAGGCUUGGAAGGACAUGGGGGUGCCUCUUCCUGAACCAGUUUAUGAAGAUGCCCUUCUUUGUAGUCGCUUGCACGCAAAACCCCUGAUUGGGAAAAGACACAUAUAUUUGCAAGUGGAUGUUGUCUCCUGGGGCUGUCGUUAAUGGAGCAGGGCCAGUCUCUGAUUAUCCAAAAUCUAUUUUAAAACUAUUAAAGCGCCAAGCUUCUGAUGAAAGAGUACCGCACCGAGAGAUGAUUAAAAUUGAUGUUCGGAGGCGCUGGAUAGAAAGUUCUUCAGUAAGAAACACGGAGGGGGGUUAAAAACAUCCUGCUGUCAAAAAAGGAAAAAUCUCACUCUUUAAAAAACAAAAAAACACUAAGAGAAAGAGAAACCUGCUUUCAGGUACCAAUCAAAAGAUGCUUUUGUAAAAAAUAAAAAUAGAUAGGUCAUCUUGAGGUCGUGAGAAGACAUCUCAAGGGAUGGUUUGUUGAGUUUGAUAACAGCAUAUCAGCGCUGCAGAUACAAAGGAGUUCAACAGUCUUCUGCAGAGAACUGUGGUUCUAAGGAUUUUGUCAGUACUGUACACUUCCCAAACUACAGUUCCCAGUAUUCAGAACUGAUAUAAAACUGAUAGGUUUGUGGCAUGGAUCUGCCAUAAGGAUGUCUUUCCUCUGAAGCGAUAGCUAAGGGACAGGGAUUUAAGAAUGGAGGAUGCAACGAAAGAAAUUCAGACAGAGAGUAUGCAAGAACCGGAAGCCCCGCAUGCGGAAAAGCCCUUCCUUCUGCACGAGAGCCCGGCCCAAAAGGCCUCUGCAAUUUGCUUUAAGAAAAGGAAGAAGUCCUACGCAACGGAGAAAGACGAGGAUCGUGAAUCUGAUUCACUUGCCCGAAAGGCUACAAACCAGCUCUCCAACUCUAGGCAAGGUCAAAUGGAGGUUUCAGAUCCAUCGUGGACGGCAGGAGGGCCCUGGUUGUCGUUCAAGCGGCUUGUGACACUGAGAAGGAGGUCCAAAUCCGCUUGGAAGAAAGAAGCGCAGUCUGGCUCCCGUGUGCAGCUGGAAACAAAUGUGGAAAACUCUAGUGCCAAGGAGCGCACCAGCUCCAACCAUAAAAUUCCCUGCCUAAGGUUCUGUAGAAGCAAGAAGUCCUGCCAGGCUGAAAUAACAGAGGAGGGGGAUCACGGCGAGAAGGCCAGUGAAGGGGCGAGCAUUCUGGAUAACAAAAGGAACGGUGAACCAGAGUCUGUGUCUGUGGAAGGUCCUCUGAACACUGACCCAUCCCCCAGGGGUGCCCUUGAAAACCAGGGCGACAAUGGGGUUGUGAACAACUCUGAAGGGGUGGCUCCAGCCAGGAGAGAGGACGCUUUUUCAGAGAUGAGUCCCGGCCCCGAUCGAUACACAGACUUUACGGCUCAGUCAGAAAUCAUCCACUCCGAAACGGUCCUCGAAACAGAAGAGGAGAAGCAACUCUUCCAGCUGCAUCACGGAAGCCUCUAUGGGGAACCUGAAGAAGUGAGAAACGAGAAGUUUGAUUUUGAGGGAGAGGCGGGCUCCCUCCUUGCCCAGGACCUGCCAGAAAGCCAACCCAGCGUCUCGGAAGGAGGAGACUCGAAGAACUCGCCUGCCGAAGAGUCUGGGUUGGAACAAUCUGGGGAGGACAUCGUGGCGGAGGCCGACGGUGCCAAGGAAGGCAACUCGGUUGAAGUGAUGCUACAUUGCAGUCCGCCGGCCUCUGAAGACGAGGCUUCAAGGGAGCCAAAGGGUCCCAGCCAGGAAGCGGAAUCCGACGAUAACAAGCUUGCGAUGCCUGGGGCGGGCAUCGUGAUAAUGAUCACAGAAGCAGAGGCCUUCCAGGAGGAAGAGGAAGAGGAAGCCAGCUAUAGCUGUGAAACGUUUUCCUUUCCGCAAGCCAGCAAACAGAAAGCGAAGAAGAAAACCAGUAAAGGCCUCGAUUCCAGGUCGGGGAGGGAAGGCAAGACGUGCUCGCAGGCCCAGCCGCCUUUGGGUGCCAGUGACCAAGAGCACUGGGCUUCAGAACAAUACGAGGUGCUUCUGAUUGAAACGGCCGCGUCGCUCGUGAAGGCGGCCAUACAGUCGUCCAUCGAGCAGCUUGUGAAUGAGAUGGCUCUGGAGCAAAAUAAACAAAACAGUUUUCUAUGAUAGGGUCACAGGAGCUCCCUGGUGAUCUUUGGCCAUCAGGCUUCCACAAGUACUGUAGCAGAUUCUGAGCACCGAGUAAAAGGUGCAAGGGAUCUGCUAUUUAAGUGGCUUGGCUGAAUUUUCUGCAUCAGGUGCCUGUCCUAGCCUUACAGGUUAAUCCAGUAUUAAUGCCAUAGGAAGGGUGAAGAAAGUCCUACAAUAUUUGAACUCGGCAUGAAAGGCAUCGGAUGAAAGCCCGAGAUAAAUUGCAGUACCCGCUGCAAUUAGCUUAAUUUUGCAUGUUGGUGAGACGGAUGUAUCAUGUACAUAAAAACAGGAUUUUGGGAAGGGUGGGCCCUUUGCUGCAUGGUGAUGUGUCAAUGGCUUGUUCUGCGUGGUAGAGCUAGGAAAGCAAGAAGCCACCUCUUCUUUCCCUUGCCCAUUUAUUUCCCUUACUUAGAACCAAGUUGUUCGAUUCCCAUUAUUGCCAAAUGCUUGAAGAAGCCCUACGUUAAUCAAAUUUAACACCCGCCAAAUUGCUUUUGGUUAAGUUGCUGUUAGAGGCAAGUUGCUGAACCGGGAUUUAAUUACAGAACAGUGAAUGAAGGAUACACACGUUGAAAUUGGCAAGCGAGCCAUUUUUAUCGGAGGUCUUGCAGAGGCCUCAAGAGCCAUAUUAGCAAAACUUCAGUGUUCAUUUAGAAAAGUGUAACUUUCUAGAGCCUUUCGGCACUGUUUUUGCUCAAAAUAAAUGUUUCAUUUUCAGAGACUUGGAGCCCCCUUGAUCUUCCAAAGGGAAACCAAAAAGCAACAAAUCUCAUUGAGUACAGAUUAAAACUAUCGUCAAAUAUCAGGUGGUGUAAGGGAUCGAAAAUAAGACUCCUAAUGCCGUUAUGCAAAUCUGUGACGCGGUCAGUUCUUGGAGUACAAUAUGCAAUUCUGGU